AUUUGUUUAUAACGUAAUUUCUGUCAAACAAUUCAAAAAGUAUUAUUUAUUUAGCAAUUUUUACACAAAUGGUGCUAUUUUAUCAUAUUUUGACCGAUUCAGUCAACGAGUCAAUCGUAUAAUAUACAAUUGUACACAAUAUGUGUAAAUUUAGUGCAUAUUUAAGCAACGUGUGGUGAUUUCCAAACCUAACCUUAAACAAUUCAAAUUGGUUUAAAAUGUGCGAAUUAAAUCUGAGUGACGAAAGUUUGACUGAAAAGUUUAAAAGGGAGUUUAAUGAACAGUUUCAUAUUUUGGUUCGGAUGCAUUUAUCGUUUUUGUUGGACCAGGCGACCAAUGAACACGAGCCUUUGUCGGAGAAAACUCGGUUAAAAAAGUGGUCUCUAGUCCCGUUUAAUAAAAAGAAGAGUAAGGGGGCUCUAGACGGGGCACCCUUGACCCAAGAGGGGAUUUGUCAAGUGUAUCAGUUGAUUGAAUUUUUGAAAAAGGAGCAAAAUAUUAAAGUCGAGGGUGUUUUUCGCCGAACAGGGUCUCUCACAAGGCAACAAGAAUUGCGAAAUUUGCUCAGUCGGGGGGUCACGUUGGAGCUUGAGGGGGGCACUUACAGUAUCCACGACUGUGCCUCUGUCUUAAAGGGUUUUCUAGCCGAAUUGCCCGACCCUUUACUCACUGAAGCCCACUAUCCUGCUUAUUGCCAAAUCGCCGAAUUGUGUGUCAAUAAAGAGAAUACGGUGCAAGAAGAGAAGCUCCUCGCCGCCCUCCAACUCCUCCUCUUGCUCCUCCCCACCGAAAACAAAGUUUUAUUGAAGGACAUCCUCGAUUUGUUGAAUUUCACCGCAUCUUUUGAAUCUUUCAACAGAAUGUCCGCUGAUAAUUUAGCCAAACUCUUCACCCCUCACCUUUUGUGCCCCCGAAAAUUAUCCCCGGAGCAGCUUCACGUCACAUCUCAAACCCUCGCCGGAAUUGUCUCUUUUAUGAUUAUCAAAAAUUCCGAAUUGUUUAAAAUCCCCCAAAAUUUGAUACUCGAAUUUCGGGCCCGAUACGAGAAACGUCGAGCUUUGUCCGCAAACUGUCUCAACGAAUCGGCCACAGAUCAGUGUGCCGCCAGCACCGUUUUCACUUUUGUCGACCAAGAAAGGACGGCAAAAGAAAAUGAAACUAACACAACCGAGACUGCUUUAGCCCAACUCUACGCUCAUAUCCAGAGCCUCCCAGAAUCCUCGAAAAAACGCAAAUUGGUCAAACAGUUUAAUAAGGAGAAUGGCCACGGGACGCCACUUCAAGUGCUAAGAAGUGGUGUACAGAAAAAUAAGAGUUUGGGUGAUUCCAUCAAAAAGCACAUUUUUCAUAAAAGCGUCGUCAAGAGCUUGAAGAAGAGGGUAAGCAGCGAGGAAAAUUUGCAUACGCCCCCUCUUCAGACAGCCCUAACUCGCGCCCGCCUUUUCUGUACAAACUGCGAUUCGAGUCCCGAUCAAGUGGCCAAUGAUGAGCCACAGUCGAAAAAAAUGCGCCGGUCGACAAGCCAGACUGAGGGUGAAUCGUCCGAUGCCGAAACGGGUAUCGGAAUAACGAGCACGCCGGCAUGCGUCGCUCUGCAUUUCACCCCCGAUGAGCAGGACCGUAAGUCCAUGUCACCCAUAACCAGAUCCACACAGCGUAUGACCAGAGCCAUGCAGGAAACGAUGAUGACUCCGAGAAGCAGGAAGCCGGUCUUGCUUGUUUCCGGGACGAAUAUCAACACGUUGGUGAAGGUUGAGACAGUUGAGACUAUGGAUGAAGUCCCUGAGGAGUUGGGGGAGGAGAAGGACAAUUCCCUGAGUCAGACUUUUCGGGAGUAUCUGGAAAAUCGGAGUAUGUUAACGACGUCGUCGCCCGCAGCGGAUUCGAGUUUUUCAAGUCGGACUGAUGAUUUUAAUUCAAAUGAAUUCAACGAUUUAAGCCCCGACAAAAUGACUGAUUCUUUAUUGAGUUGUUUGGACGGGAAUGACCCAGGAGGUGAGAAGGAACUUGUUCUCAAACCAAAACAGUUCGAUGAAAAUGGACAACCCAUAGUAUUUGAAACCUCAUUUUAAUUGUAAUUAUAAUACAAAAAACAGUAUCAGUUUGUAAAUAUAUUUAUUAAAGAUAACAAAUGACAUAAAAAUGAGAAAUUUUAAUAAAUAGUGAU